AUGGCUUUCAACAAGAAAUACGCCGGUCUUCCAGAUCUGGAUCUCGCACCCGACAUUUAUGAAACCCCGGACUUAACAGAUGAAGCUUCCACUGUCCCGACAACGACAAUACGCACCGUAUCCAACGCUGACGAUGUACCUUCAGAUUCCGAUAUUGACCAAGACCACGUCAAUGCGGACGAAGCUCGCGCGCAUUUUCUCGGAGCCACCGUCGACGCCCGCAAUGUGAACUUCUCGGACAGCAUUGCUACGAAGCGGAAAUCAUACAGGAGCAAGAGCCGACGGCGGAGGAACAAUGCCGAAGGCGAAGAGAGCGAUAGCGAAACCUUGAGCUUGGAGAGGAAGCUCGCGCGUCUCCAGCGAGAGGUAGAGGAGUUGAAAGAUGAGAUGGCUGCGUCUGAGAAGCCGGAGGCGGAAUCGAACGGCGCCGCAGAUGAAGCCAAGGAUACACUAGACGACGGGGUCGAGAAGCUAAGCCGAGCACUGGAUAACCUGUAUGCCUCGUCGCGCGGGGUGUCUCAAGCUCAUUCCGCGGCCGCGUUGAUAUCACAGAAGCUUGCGUCCAGUUCCUCGACCCUGCCCUCUGAAGCGACUGGCUCGCAAACAAAGUCCGCAGAAAUUGACCCCGACACUGAAACCGCCGGCAUAUUAUCCCACGCCGCAGCCUUCGACGCCCGGCUCGCCCUGAUCGAAUCGGCCAUGGGAAUCUCCACCUCCUCAAACCCAUUCCUCUCAGAAGGAGCCUCUGACCCCCCGCUCCAACCCGUCCUCCCAGCUCUCGACCACCUAACAGCCCGCAUCUCAUCCCUCAUGACCCUCCUCGUCGGCCCGAGCCCCAUUCCCACGGCGCCGACAACCGGCACUACUCCUGCAUCGACCACGACGACAAUGUCCACCCCGCACCUUGAAAUGCUCUCUGCGCGCGUCAGAAAGCUCACAACAGAUGCCGAGAACCUAGCGCAAGCCCGCAAACGUGCCUACGACGCCGCCAAAACCGCGCAGACUGCCCGAAUCGGCCGUACGACGUCCGACCUUACCAUCGCGUCUCCCAUCGAACCUGAACAAUCCGCAGCCCAACGCGACGAGCAGGCGACCAAGAUUCAAGCCCUCUAUGCUACCCUCCCAAUCAUUCAGUCCCUUCACCCAAUCCUUCCCAGUGUCCUGGAGCGCCUGCGCUCUCUCCGCGCCAUCCACGCGGGCGCCGCACAAGCUUCCGAAUCACUAGACGAGCUGGAAAAGCGCCAGGCUGAGAUGGCGGGAGAGAUCGAGCAGUGGCGGGAGGGACUAAAGACCGUUGAAGAGAAGAUGAGCCAGGGCGAGGCAGCGCUCAGGGGUAACAUCGAGCUGGUUGAGCCGUGGGUUCGAGAUCUGGAGAAGAGACUGGAGCGGUUAGAGACGGGGAAUUGA